AUGUGGAUCCGCAGCGAGGGUUACUUCGGCGAUGAGGCGGACGAGGACAACGACGAGCUGGACCUCGAGGACCUACACGAAGGCCGACCACGCCGAGGCCGAUGGGGGCGCUGGCCGCGACCGCUGUCGCGCGAGGAAGGACGUCCGCGCGCGGGAGAGGACGUCCGCGCGCGGGAGAGGACGUCGGCGCAGGCACGUGCAGCCGUCAGAGAUAUCAGUUUCAGUCGUGGACUCCAUCAGAAAGGCAAGGCCCGUGGCAAGGGCCGACCAGCAGGUGGUGAGGGGAAAGGUCAAUCCUUCAUCUGUGGCGGACCGCGCAAUCGCGAGCAAUGCUCGCGCAACGAAUUGAAGAGACGGGACGGGACGCCGAAACGCAAGGUGCAGCAGGUCGGCCCCAUGGCGCUCAUUUUCGGCGUCGGGGACGACAUGCCGGACUACGAGAUCGAGAUGGGCAGUCAGACGGCGCCGAAGGACGAGGGCGCGAUCGAGGUGGCAUUCACGUCGUUUUGGGCAGCCUACCAUGCGACGCAGGGCGGCGCUGUCGAGCACGCGCUGGCUGGGCUGGAGGACGAGACAGCAGGCUGCAUGGCGCCUGAAGAUUGCGCAGCCAAGAAGUUCGGAUCUACCAGGGCGCUGGAGCAGACCAUCGAGAAGCAGGGGGCCGCAGGGUGGGGCGCCAGCGGCGUGCCAAUUGAUGCGACAUAUCGGCCGGACUUCGGAUUCGCGAAUGGAACUGCGGAGAACUGUUCGAGCAGGGCUACGCUACCUCUCCAAGCGAAAGGGCAGCUCGGGACAGUCGCUGGGUACGCUCUGAACGCGAAGAGAAAUCGCUACGUGCCGCUGCUGGGAUCUGUGGAUGUCCUGAGGCGCUCAGGGGCUUGCAUCGUUUUUGCCAGUGGAAAUCGAUUGCGUCGCAUAGCUAGGGGCGGGCAAGCUGGUCAAGCUCGAGGGGGUCCCGACGGGCCAUUGCGCAUCGACGUGGCCCGGGACAUUCACGGCCAGAAGAUGACGAAGCAGGAGAUGCAGGAUUAUCGGCAGAAGUUCGAGAACCUGCACCAGGCGUUCAGCGGACAGACCGCUGGAGCGGCCCGCCAGACGGCCGAUGCCGAAUCGGGCUCCGCCCUUCUUUCUGCGGCGAUCGGAAAUCGUCGAAGACUUCAGCGCGUCGCUGGAUAUGUCAUUCCAUGA